UUCAAUGCCAUUAUCUUAUAUAGGUGCCAAUUGAUGAAGCACCAACUCUUCAUGCCACCAUCUUGGAUCACAUGUAUUCUUGAUCCCGGUGACAGAAGUGAAUAUGAAGAUGGUGAUUUAUCUUCUUGGGUGAAUAAAGAGAGAUUUGAGGGAUAUCUCCAUGUGGAUGGCUUUACACUGUAUGAGCUUGGAGACACAGGAAAGUUAGUGGCUGUUGCAGUAAUUGAUGAUAAAAACAAUUCUGCUGAGCAUACAAGAUUGAAAUCUAUUGUUCAAGAAGUUUCUAGAGACUACAGAGAACAUUUCCAUCGAGACUUUCAGUUUGGGCAUAUGGAUGGAAGCGACUACAUUAAUAGCCUUCUUAUGGAUGAACUUAAUGUACCUACUUUUGUUGUGCUGAACACAUCAAAUCAACAGUAUUUUCUACCAAGCAAAGGAAUAGAAAACACAGAAGACAUGAUUCAAUUUAUUAAUAGCAUUCUGGAUGGAACAGCAGAUGCUCAGGGCGGCGAUGGAAUACUGCAGAGAAUCAAGAGAGUAGUUUACGAUGCCAAAUCUACAGUAGUGUCUGUAUUUAAGAGUUCGCCUCUUCUCGGCUGCUUUCUCUUCGGUCUGCCACUGGGUGUCAUCAGCAUAAUGUGUUAUGGAAUCUGCACAGCCGACACGGACGACGGUCCAGAGGAAAUGACAAGGAAGGAUGUUAUAGAUCCAGACAUAACAGACGAGGGAAGUGAAGGUGAACAGGAUGGCGAAAGAAACAGAGAGAGCUCCUCUGACGUGUCAGAUGAAAACCACGAAGAAAAAGAAUUUAUUGAAAAGAAAAAGGAUUAACUUUUAUGAAAAAUGUGUAAUUUUCUAGCAAUCCAAAACAAACUUAUUUAUUACAUUCUACCACUGAUUUAAAAUAAACGUAAUGGCUCAGUGACAGAAAUACUUGGCAUGAAUUUCAUUGCAUUUGUAAAAUUACAAGGGGUAUCUGCAAAAACAAUAAAACAUUUGGAAAACAAAGACACAUAAUAGGGCUUGUGUUUCUACUGCUGUGUAGUUUAACCCAAAAUGCCAUUUUACUUCUAUGUUACAUCGCUUUGGAAAAUGUGCAUCACAAGAUUUAUAUCAGUGCAGUUUGGCCUAGUUUAGUUCCUGAAUUUUUAAUAGCUUAUUGUAGUUCACUAAUGUUCUUGCAGGUCACUUUUUUUUUUUACAAAAUAAGAAGCUUAAAAAUGGAAUUCGUUUUAUUAUGCCAGUGCCUAAAUAAAAUCGAUACUACAUAAUAUGCUUUUCACAUGUGAUAACUGAUCUAUGUUAAAAGUAGUAAAGCAUAGAUUUUAGUUAUUUUUAUAGCUUCUUCUGAAUACAUCACUAAUUUAGUUUUUGUAAUAUUCAUUUGUAGUAUUAAUAAUAGUCUUAACAGUUUAUUCAUGCUCAACUGUGUUCUAGCGUAACAGACAUUCCCCUGUCAUACACACUGUGUAGUUCUUAACAUUUGUAUCCUAAUCUGCAGCUGUUUUAUAUAUUUAGCAGGGUUUUUUUGUGACCUCUAUAUAGAUAAUUAUAAAUAGUGUAAUUGUAUAAAUAAUCUUUUUACAAAACCAA